AGAAGAUCAUGCAGAUGCAGAGGAGGCUGGACGAGCAGGCCUCUGAGUUCCGCUCCGUGACUGAGCGGCUCUCCACGGCGGAGCUCCGCGAGCGCUCCGCCGUGGAGCGCUCGCGGAGCUCCGAGGCGUCGGCGUUGGCGCUGGGGGCCCGGGCCGAGGCCGCGGAGCUCCGCCAGGCGGCGCUCCAGGCGGAGCUGCGGCUCCACCAGCGGCAGAUCCACGAGGCCCACGAGGAGCUGCAGGGGGCUCGAGACGGGGCACAGCAGGAGAAGGAGGCCAGCGGAAAGACGCUGCUGGAGCUGCAGAGACAGAAUGCCGAUCUGAGGAGACAGAACGCGGAGCUGAUCGCUCGCUUGGACACAGAGCAGACGGAGGCUGAGGAGCGUCUGCGAGCAGAGCGCCGUUCCCUGGAGGACGUCUUGCAGGAAGAACGUUCCAGGCACCAGACCCUGCUGCAGGAGCAGGCAAGCCUCGAGUCCAGAUGCGACCACCUGCUACAGCAGCUACAGCAGCAGCAGCUACAGCAGCUACAGCAGCAGGAUGGAGACAUGGCCAAGCCCGAGUCUGCCUAUGGGUCUCUCCGAAGCUCGGACAUUGGAGACAGCGAUACUCUGUCUCAAGACGCGGAGGACGUGUGUGGAGACACGGUGUCUUCACAGCUGCUGCUGUCUCUGCGUCUCCGUGUCCGCGCGCUGGAGGAGCAGCUGAGACACCGCUCGCUCGGAGACACGGGAGGGGCAAUCCUCGCGAUGGAGAUGGCGAGCGAGAAUUCGUCGCUGAGGGCCGAGGUGGAGGAGGUGCGGCACGCCCUGCGAGACAACGCCUCAGCCGACACCGUCAGAAUGCUGCUCACCCACCCGCAGAGGGAGAGCAAGGUGAGUGAGAUAUUGACUACCUCGCCAGGUACACAGGAGGUCGUGGGUUCAAUCCCAGACCCUGUGAGAUGUUGACUACCUCG